AUGACGUCGUCGCAGACUUCAUCGUUUGUUGGAGGCGAAGGCCUCCAGGAGCUGCGGCGCCUGUUAGUGACCUAUGAGGAUGCGGUAAAGGAACUUCGUAUUCCUGCCUCUGAUAGGAAGUUCUACGAGGUAUGCUUUGUGUCUCCAUUGCGGGAGUCACUGUCGGCAUGCGACGGGGAUGCAGUGAGUGACAAGCUGCAGCACGAGUUGGAGGGGCGCUGCUUUCUACUCGCGAGUCUCUGCCGACAUCUUGAGGAACACCGUACCGCCACUGUGCGUGUGCUUCAGUUGUGCCAGCGCCGCGACGAUCUUGUAGAGGACAUGCUGCGUGUUUGUGCACUGUACCAGGCAAACGGCACGCUGCUGUGUCCACCGCUGCCUCCCGAUUCCUUCAUGGCAGCGCUUGAGGAGCAUCAUCGCGUGACCUUACUUAUUGUGGAGGCCAUUUUUGACUGGCGUGAGCAACUUUCCUUCCCAUUUCCGUUUGUUGUCUCGGGAGAAAACUACCUCUACCGUAUUCUAGACGACUGUAGCCUGUUGGACGCCAGUCUACUUGGACAUGUGCUUAGACUGCGGCUAACGGAGCAUCCGCUUGGCUCGCACACUGUGCAUGUGCCAGAUCCAAAACGACGACAUGGCGUUUUUAUGCGCGGUGGUGGCGACCUCAUCUGCGGGGAAGGCGAUGGGAUGCCAGUUGCCCUGCAAGGGGGGCCGUCGCGGUGGCGGCGUCAAUGCUCGCACUCUUGGCCGCACGAUAUUCACGCCACCGUGAAGCGACGGCACCCGCUUGAGCGUAAUAGGAACUUCACCGAGGUUUACCUGCAGUGGGCUGAAGCGGUGAUAAAGAAGGAGAGCAUUCUUCAGCAAAGGCUGAUUAGUGAGUUAGUAAUUAAGGCAAAACAGGGCUUUUUUACGACGCUGCUUGCGACGCCUGACAUUGUGCGGGAUGCCGGUUUUGGGCUGCCCCUCCUCGAGGGAUGCUUUGAUGUGUGGCGGGAGCGGGUCAUUGGAGCAGUCAACACAGCUGCUGCUACUCCAACCACAACUACAACGACAACAUGCAGCUCUAAUGGGGAUGUGACAAAGAGGCGGCGUGAGUCACCUGUGGAAGGGCACGCCUUGCUCCAGUGCAACGGAGGCAAACCAAAACGGGUUACACCCAAUGUGGCUACCCCAUGA